AUGAGGAAUUGGCAAGAAUUGCCUCACGAUCUCAUUGCUACGAUAGCAAAGCGUGUUAAAGUAUCGGAAGAUUUCAUUGCUUUUGGUGCUGUUUGUACUUCAUGGCGAAUUGCUGCCAUAAAGGAAAAUUUUGACGAUGCGCUCAAUUCACCCCAAGUUCCGUUGCUGAUGCUGCCGGAUAAAGGUGAUGGUUAUCGAGAAUUUUACUCUCUUUCCAAGGAAAAAGUUUCACGCGUAUUCCUCCCGGAAGCUAAAGGGCUGCUAGGUAUUUUUCCAUUGAAAGGGUGGCUGUGUACCCUGUCAUACACGGGAGAGAUGAACUUGUUGCAUCCUUUCUCUCGCACAAGUAUACAACUUCCCUCGCUAAAUGACUUAUUGACUUUAAGUGGCGAUGAGUGGUCAUGGCACGGGAUAGAUCAAGCUAUUUUAUCUGCUAGUCCUUCUGAUACUUCAGAUUAA